UUUUUUUUUUUUUUCAACUGAAUUUUAUAUAUUUUUAUGUUCUGCACUUUUGAUCCCAAGCUUGAUCAAAUCCUCUUCAUUCACGGCGACUCUCCUACUUCGUGUUGGCACCCAUAAACUCGAAAUAAGCUUAUUAAUCUCAUUAAAACCUUUUUUUAACAAAAAAAAACCAGAAAAGAGAUUCCCAUCUUUUAAAUUUAAUUAUUCCUAAUUUCUCUUAUUUACUUUUUUUUUUUCCUCCAUCUUUUUUUUAUAUAUAUUCAUAUAUAUUUUAAAUUAAUCUAAAAGAACAAUUGCACUUAUUAUUUUAGAUAACUUUUCGAUACCAAACAUCUCUAUCUUCUUCUAUAUAUAUUUAUAUACAUAUUUUUCAUUAUACUCUUUUUUUUUUCAUCAUCAUCAUUAUCAAAAUGUCUCGAAACAGCUCUCCUCUUGGACGUAUGCUUACCGUCAUUGACUGUCCUAAUUCAGCCUUACGCUUUUUGAUUCUUGAUUGUCCAACAGAGUCAACUUUGGAUUUCUAUAUGGAAGAAUUUAUGCGACUCAACGUAGUAGCUGUUGUUCGAUGCUGUCAGCCUACUUAUAGUGCUGCUCGGUUAACUGAAAGAAAUAUACAAGUAUUAGAUUUACCUUUUAAAGAUGGUGGUGUGCCCCCUCCGCAAAUUGUGCGUGAAUGGUUACAGUUAGUAGAGAAAAAUAAACAAAUAGCCGAAACAGCCAAACAGGAAGGUACUGCUGCUCCUACAAUUGCAGUUCACUGUGUAGCAGGAUUAGGUAGAGCACCUGCUUUGGUAGCUAUUGCCUUGAUUGAAAUGGGAAUGAAACCUUUGGAUGCUAUCGAAUUUAUCAGAGGAAAAAGACGAGGAGCCUUUAAUAAACCUCAAAUUGCUUACCUUGAUUCAUAUAAACGUACUUUGAAGCCUAAAUCAGCAGCUUCUAAUUAUUCAUUCAGAACAUCUCUUGGUCGUAUGUUUAAAUUAGGUGGUACUAGUAAUAAAACUACUAAUCCAUCUCCUUCUACAAAUGGAAAUACAUUAUCACAGUUAACAUGAAUCCAUGGCCCCUUUUAUUACUGUUAUUAUUUUUGCUUUAUCAACAACUUAGUAUUAGAUUAUUAUUGUUAUUUUAUUUUAAUAAAGAAGAAGAUUUUUGUAAUGAAGAAAAAAAAAGUAGUAGUAGUAGUAGUAGUAUCAUGUGUG